GUAUCAGUGCCACAGACAUGAACCAUCGUAUCCAAACCAAAAAACCAAUUAACAUAUAUGUGAACUGAACACCAAUUGAAGAUCCAGGGCGACUCAUCAAUGGCAGCCAAAGUGGCCCUCUAUUCAAGCCUCAGUGGCAAGCUUCUACUCCCAACCAAGGGACCCUCUUCAUUCCCAGCCUCCUCAUCACCAAAACCAAGAAGAGUUCACCAUUUCAGGAUCCAUGCAAAACUGGGUGGGGGAGAGGGUGAAGUGAAGCAAGGAGGGAAGAAGAAGUUCAUCACAAGAGAGGAAGAGCCAGAGCAGUAUUGGCAAACAGCAGGGGAGAGGGCAGGGGAGAAUCCCAUGAAGACCCCACUUCCCUACAUUAUCAUAUUUGGCAUGUCAACUCCUUUCGUGAUCUUAGCCAUUGCUUUUGCCAAUGGAUGGAUCAAGGUUCCAGUCAGAUAAAAUGACAAGCAGCAGCAGCAGGAAGAAGGCAAAACUUGACUAGGUUAUGCAGUGUAUAAUACGCAGAGAAUCGAGUUCAUAUGAGAGCAUACAUCUCAUAGUAUCUUUUCUUCUUUUAUUUUCAGAGUACCAAUGUUUUUCUUGUAAUAUUCCAAGUGAAAAUCACAAUACAAUCGCAGAAUGAAUGUUUGAGCAAUAUAGAGAGGAGGAUAGGAACGACAGUGGAAGGGAGUGUCUUAAAAGAAGUAAGGCCCAAGCAGCAACUGCCUUUCAAUGAAUUAGAAAUGGUUGGCUCCCUA